AUGUCCAACUUCAUGCACAAAGUCAAAGAUGCCAUGACUGAUCGUGAUGGGCCUGCAACACGCAGCCGUACUUCUGAUAAUCGCAAUCACGAUGCAUCUAAUCCCUUCACAUCUGACUACAAUAGGAGUCAGAACGCCCCUCCCAUGACUAAACAUGGCCAGAAUGACAAUUAUCCGGCCAAUAAAGCAACGGGAGAUUAUGCCGGCGGUCCCAGUCCCGACACGCGUAACUCAAACGCGAUGCCUGGGAAUACUUCGAGUUUCAGCUCCAACGACAUCAACGCUGAUCCUUAUAGAAAAAACUUGGCUAAUGAGUCGGAUCCCCAGGUUGACAGUGACCUAGAUAACCGUGCCAAGCAAGGCGCCGUCGCCUCCGCUCCCCAGAGGAGCACUGCAGGUGACCAAGGCAUUAACUCGAGCAACAUGCCAAAUCGACAGCAACCUUAUAACCAAGGUGUCGACAACCAUACCUCCAGUGAGGACGAUUUCAGCAAAUCCACUCAGGAACAUCGAUCCCACAAUCAGCCUGGCCAGUACGGCUCCGACGCCAACCAGGUGGCUGGUGAGAGAGAUGAGGACAAUUACAGCACUUCCACGCAGGAGCACAAGUCCCACAAAACUACCAGCCAUGUCAGCCCCUGUCCACCGAGGACGAUGGGAAGUGAACGGAUGCCCAAGAAUAGUGCCGGUCAAGAAUUUGAUAAUCGUGCUGCUCAGCCUAGUUUUGGCGGCAAUGCAGCGGGUGGUAGCAGCUACAAUGAGAACAUGGGUGCGAGAGGACCAGACGAUAUGCAAACCGCUGCACCGCUCCAGAAACCUGGCGCCGGUACCGGCGCCGGCGUGAAUCGUGCGCCCGAGCAGCAAAAUAUCGCGGGUGACCAGCGUGUUGGAGAUUAA